UGACGUCAGCGCGCAGCCACUUCCCUGAACUCGCGGCUACAAGAAGCGGCGUGGAAGUGCUGGAGGGCACUGCACGGACCGUCCCUCACGUCCAUCCGUCUCUCUCUCUCUCGAAGAAGAAGAAACUAACAAACCCCCUGCUACUCCGCGCGGCAGCAGCAGCAGCAGCGGCGGCGGCUCUUCCCUCCCCCCCCCCGCCGCCCAGUAGUUUGUAGGGUAGAAGAAGUCGUCGCCGUCGUUCCGGUAGGUUUGCAAUGGCUGAUAAAGAAGACAAGCGUAGCCCAUCCACGACGGAGGAACUCAAGAAUUCUGGGGCGGAUGGUGGUGAUGGAGUCGCCCUGCACGACAACACUGAUGCAUUUCCUAGCCGUAGCGACAGGGGCAUGCCUUUCAUGCAAAGCAGGACAGGUAAAAGAAAGGAGGAAAAAAUGGAGGUGGAUCCAGAAGGACUCUCGGAUUCAGUGGCUUAUAACAUGAACUACUCUAAUGUGGGAUAUUGUGUGAUCAUCAACAACAAGACAUUUGAUCAGAGCACAGGAAUGGGUGAAAGAACUGGCACAGAUGUGGAUCGAGAUAUGCUUGAAAAACUUUUCAAAGAUAUCGGAUUUAAAGUGGAAGUGAAAAACAAUAUGAAAAGAAAAGAGAUGGUCUCGUAUAUUACAGAAGUUGCGGAGAAGGAUCACCGGCAAUGUGCAUGCUUCGUGUGUAUCCUGCUGAGCCACGGGGAUGAGGGAGUCAUCUACGGCACGGACAAUUAUUUGCCCAUUCGCGAUCUCACCACCCCCUUCCGCGGAGACCUGUGCCGCAGUCUUGUCGGCAAACCCAAGCUCUUCUUCAUACAGGCAUGCCGCGGGACAGAGUUUGAUGAGGGGAGCACCAUGUGCGCGGAUAAUGAUGUGGAAACCGAUUCCGAGUCGAUAUCUCGCCAAACCAUCCCAGUGGAGGCAGACUUCCUCUACUGCUACUCGACUGUGCCUGGCUACUACUCGUGGCGUAACGUCGCCACGGGGUCGUGGUUCGUGCAGGCGUUCUGCAAGGUCCUCAAAGAGAGCGCCAAUUCUAAUUUGGAGUUGAUGCAGCUGCUUACGCGAGUCAACCGGAAAGUGGCAUACGACUACGUUUCGUUCUCAAGUGACACACGCUUCUCCGGCAAGAAGCAAAUCCCCUGCAUUGUCUCCAUGCUCACGAAGGAGUUUCACUUCCCAUCUCCCCGCUAGGAGCAUUGUCACAAAAGUUUAACCCCCAUCUGUGGUUAUGCAAAUGUGCAAAGGGAUGAACUAAUAUGGUGUAUUGAUAUGUUUAAUUAAAUGAAAGAGUGUGCUGUAAGCCAGUGGGCAUGAUUUUUAAAAAAAUAAGAAUUCUUAAACGUUUAGUACCAUAUUCUUGGUUCUUUCGGUAAAGUCAAGGUUGUUCCUUGAAAUUGAAUGGUUUACUUAGCAACUAGGUUAUAUGCUACAUGAAAAAGAUGUGAUUUUUUUUCUGAUGUGACCUUUUAAAACUGUAUCUCAGGUUAAGAAGGCUUUGUGGAAAAAAUUCUAAACAGUUCAAUAAAAGCGUUGUAUUUGACAUUCCUAGGUGUUCCACUGUUUAUUUGGUUUAUACUCAACAUUAAAUGAUCGCUGGGUCUAUAUUGAGUUAGGUUAGCGUGAAUAGUGUUACCAUUUUCCAUGUCUAUAGUUUCCCUUUUUGCAAGUCAUGAAUAACAAAUGCGCAUUCUUUUCUUUGACGAGUCACUAGACAGAACGAAGAGGCAAGGCACAAUGAUAACUUGCAUGUUUGUAAAUACCACAAGGUGUCAUUGACAAUUAUAACAACCGCCAUUCACCAUUACGUGGUGGUGACGUGCCAGGCUGUGUGGGACCCAAAGAGAGGACCCUAACAAAAAAAUCAGGCUUUAGCCAGUGCUCUGCCAACUUAGUUGGGAGGCAUUUCCUGUUUGUGGAUUAUAUUGCGUAUUUUCGGGUAGAAAAAUAUUACCUAUUCCACACCAACAUUUCUGGUUUCAAGAAGCACCAAAUUUAAGGAGCACCGUUUUUGAGUAAAACCACAUUGUUAUAAAAUGCAGGUUCUUGCUCGUGUUUUUCUUAUGCCGCUUUGCUGAUAAUAUCCAUAAUGAAUGUCUUGUGUACUUGUAUGCUUCAAUGGUUAUGAAAUAUUCUCCAAUGUAAUUUCCCGCAUGUGUUAUUUUGAAACAUGCAUGCAUUUUGAAAGAGCCUUCAUUAUUAUCUUUCGCAGAGUAGUUUUUUUUGCGAAUUUGUUUCAAUGAAAAUACACUAAUCUAGUAAUGUUGUGUAAUGAUUCAUAAUUGGUUUCUGUUUGGUUGGGUCAUCAUGUUAAUGUGUCGUGAACCCUCCUCCACCGGACCCAACCAAUUGAUAAAAGCGUCACUUGAAACAAACGUGGGAAAAUGUGUGACUACUUCAACAGCACCACCACCAGUGUUGUUGUUUUUAUAGAGAAAUCUCACAACACUUCAAUGGGUGCGACGUUUGGCUGGAGAUUUCAUCCAGUAUCAGGUUAUUACGAGUUUACAAUGCCACUAGUGCUGCUGAAUCGGUCAUACAUGUCACAUGUUUGAUUAAAGUGACACCUUUAUUAUUUGGUCGUGUGGGUGGAGGAGGAUUUAUGGCACACAUUUUUACACGGUGACAUGACCCAAAGGAAACCAAUUAUUAAUAAUAUUGGUAUUGAAAGCCUAUGGAUAAAAUUGUGUAUUUUUUUUUACGUAUGUACAUGGUUUGGCGCAAUACAACUUUUUUCACAUGUUUAAUCACUUAUCACAGAUUCGGAUUGGUGCCUUAUGAUAACUGUUCAUUGUAGCAAUUUCACAAUUGGGAAAACGUGUGUGUAAUAGACCGUGUAUUCACCCUUUGUUAUACGUUGGGGUUUUAAUAAUGUUUCAUGUCAUCUCAUGUCGCCAGCAUGUGAGAAUGCCGUAUUGUAUACGGUAAUGCCGGAGCUCUAUUAAGCCAUGCAUUUUGAAUGCCAUGUGUCAUGCAUACAACGCUUUUUGGUGUAGCAAAGGUGUGGCCCUUAAUGUGCCUUCCGACCUGAAACGGAGCCGAGCACCAUAACACCGCACAGGGAAGGACAUGAAAGAAGGCACCUUUUAAGCUAAACCAUAUAGAUAUUUUGCUCAAGUGCUUUAUUCUGUGUUUAUGAUUGUGAGCAAAACCAAAGCCUUUCUCAUUUACGUUUCCGAAUCCACAAUAACCUUGCUUUGUCUUUUAAACAGGCAUCAUGAACUUGGCGUAAUGGUUGAGUUUCAUUUCACCAUGAAGUUCUGUCUGACUGCUGCAUUGCACUACAUUUUGUAUUUGUAAUGACAAUGUUUGUAUUAUUAAAAUAUACAGUGCACUCA